UAUCUAGACAUAAAUGAGUGUGCUAAAUCCCCGUGUAAGAACGGUGCUACUUGUCAAAAUAUCGCUGGAAGCUACCAGUGCGUCUGUAAACCUGGCUAUACAGACAGUAACUGUGAGACAGAUAUAGACGAGUGCGCUAAAUCUCCGUGUCAAAACAAUGCCUUGUGUCAAAAUCUUCCGGGAGGUUACCGAUGCAACUGUAAAUCUGGACAUACUGGACGAAAUUGUGGAACUGAUAUUGACGAGUGUGCUGGAUCUCCUUGUAAGAACGGCGCUACAUGUCAAAAUAUUCCCGGGAAUUACCUGUGCAGAUGUAAAGCAGGUUUUACAGGAAAGAACUGUAACACAGAUAUUGACGAAUGUGCUGGAUCUCCUUGUAAAAACGGCGCUAAAUGUUCAAAUAUUCCCGGGAGUUACCUGUGCAUUUGUAAAGCAGGUUUUACUAGGAAAAACUGCGACUCAGACAUCAACGAGUGUGCAAGAUCUCCCUGUAAGAACGGUGCUAGUUGUCUAAAUAUUCCUGGAAGUUACCGAUGCAAAUGUAAAUCCGGAUAUACUGGACGAAACUGUCAAACUGAUGUGGACGAGUGCACAGGUUCUCCUUGCAAAAACGGUGCUCUAUGUCAAAAUGUUCCCGGCAGUUAUCGAUGCAGUUGUAAAUCAGGAUUUGCGGGCAGAAACUGUCAAAGAGCGAACGAAUGUGCUGGAUCUCCUUGUAAAAACGGCGCUAAAUGUGUAAAUAUUCUCGGGAGUUACCGGUGUAGUUGUAAAGCAGGUUUCAUAGGAAGGAACUGCGAGACAGAUAUCAAUGAAUGUGCUAAGUCCCCUUGUAAGAACGGUGCUUCUUGUCAAAAUAUUGCUGGAAGCUACCAAUGCGCGUGUAAACCUGGCUACAUAGACAGGAACUGUGAGACAGAUAUAGAUGAGUGCGCUAAAUCUCCGUGUCAAAACGAUGCCUUGUGUCAAAACCUUCCUGGAAGUUACCGAUGCAAAUGUAAAUCCGGAUAUUUUGGACGAAACUGCGAAAAUAUCGAUGAAUGUGUUGGAUCUCCAUGCAAAAACGGUGCUACUUGUCAAAAUACUCCCGGAAGUCACAAAUGUAACUGUAAACCCGGAUUUACAGGCAGAGACUGCGGAAAAGAUAUCAAUGAGUGUACUAAAUCCCCUUGUAAGAACGGUGCAACUUGUCAAAAUACUGCUGGAAGCUACCAAUGCGCGUGUAAACCUGGUUAUGCAGACAGGAACUGUGAGACAGAUAUAAACGAGUGUGCUGGAUCUCCUUGUAAAAACGGUGCUACAUGUCUUAAUAUUCCCGGGAGUUACCUGUGCAGAUGUAAAGCAGGUUUUAAAGGAAGGACCUGCAACGCAGAUAUCAAUGAGUGUGCUAAGUCCCCUUGUAAGAACGGUGCUACUUGUCAAAAUAUAGCUGGAAGCUACCAGUGCGCCUGUAAACCUGGCUACACAGACAGGAACUGUGAGACAGACAUCAAUGAGUGUGCAAAAUCCCCUUGUAAGAACGGCAAAAUGGAAGUUCCUGUUCCUAAUAAAACUUUUAAGCGCAACAGAACUUACCAGUUUGACAGUUUCGUCCAUUGUAAAGCAGGUUUUACAGGAAAGAACUGCGACACAGAUAUCGAUGAAUGUGUUGGAUCUCCAUGCAAAAACGGUGCAACUUGUCAAAACAUUCCCGGAAGUCACAAAUGUAACUGUAAACCCGGAUUUACAGGCAAAGACUGCGGAAAAGAUAUCGACGAGUGUGCUGGAUCUCGUUGCAAAAACGGCGCUGGUUGUCAAAAUCUUCUGGGGAGUUACCAGUGCAGUUGUAAAACAGGUUAUGCAGGCAGAAACUGCGAGAAAGAUGUGAAUAGGUGCCUUGAAUUUCCCCGCAAAAACGAAGCCGUCUGUCGUAAUAGUCGCGGUCAUAUCAAUGAAUGCGCAAAACAAAAUGGCGGAUGCUCUCACAGGUGCACUAACACUGAUGGUAGCUUUACAUGCUCUUGCCCAGAUCCUGAACUGAAUUUAGCACCCGAUCGUCGAACUUGUGUCGCCGAUGAUGUUGACAUCAAGUGUUUUAAAAACUACAUGUCAAUCACACUACCCAAAACCCUCCUUCUUGGGUUAAGCCGUGAGCAUGUCACUCUACGAGAUCUCAACUGCGUUGCUACGGAAACAAAUACCCAUUACACCCUUACGACAGCUUUCACCGAUUGUGGCACGACCGCCACGUUCAGAAAGGGCGCCGUUGUCUACAGUAACACAGUUUUGGAAAUACCAGUGGAAGGUGACGCUGUGGUAACCAGAGUUCGCGAGAUUGAGAUUCCUUUCAGUUGCUAUUUCAAAUCCAGCGGUGAUGCAAUAUCUGUUGGAUACAAACCUGACAUCAGGAAACUGGUCGUCGACGAAGAUGGGAAAGGAAACUUUUCACUAAAUCUAGACAUGUUUGCAGAUGAAAAGUUCACCCUACCAUACAGAGAAGAGGACUAUCCAGUGCAAAUCAAACAAAAACAGGAUCUGUGUUUUCGAGCGUCUGUAAAAUCCGAGGACAAAAAUUUGUCGGUUUUAGUGGAAAAUUGUUUCGCUACUUCCUCCAAAAAUACUUACCUUGCGGCUAAAUAUUAUCUCGUCAAGAACGGAUGCUGUGUCGAUAAAACGACCAAAUUCGUUCCAACUCCUAAAACUGAAGAAUCCAGAUUCUCCAUCGAAGGAUUCAAGUUCAUUGCUGAUCAUCCAUUUGUGUUUCUUCAUUGCCAAAUGAGGAUUUGUGAUUCAGAUGACCUGAAUUCCAGAUGUUCUCAAGGAUGUUUGAAAGGAUCGAGGGAAAAGCGAGACGCUAACAAUGAGGAUAAGUUGUACUCUUUGGUACAGGGCCCUCUUACAAUUGAUGAUGACGUAGAAGAAACGAAAGCCAAUCAAAAGACUGUAAAAGGUAAAAUAGCAACGGACUGUUUUCUUCAGCUUUUUAAUAAACGCCAAAUAUAA